GCGGAAACUGGCAGGGAGCCUUUAAAUCCACGGGUACCCGUUAACCUAUUGGCUCCCAAACUGGCAUCAUAGUGUUGAUUUUCCUCCCCUCCCAGCACAACCUGUAUCUCCCUUAUGGAGAUGGACCGCGAGCAGUAGUUGAUGUCGGCAGACUUGAAGCCUGCAAGCCAUCAUGAUCGCUCGUCUUCUCGUCACCGUUCGUCGACGCUACUGGUCGACGGCCCGGGUUCGGGGCAGUAACACCAGGAACGAAAAGAGAAAGAGUUCAUCUGGAAAACAAGUGUCUCAGUUGCUCUGCGCAUUUUGCCCUGGAAGUGUCGCUCCCUCGUCGCUUCCUCGGUUCUCUCCACACUCCUUCUAGUCGGUUGCGGCUCUUGCGGAUGUCUUCUCUUGAGUUCGUCUUUCAUUUCGCGUUUUUAUUCUGUUUUAUUUAUUUACCAAUUAUUUUUUGCUUCAAGAUGUGGUGGCCGUCUGUGUGCAAGCAGACAACGGGAGCUCUUGUUUUGCUCUCAUGUUUACGCAGCGUAGCAGGUGCUCACGAGUGCAGCUCUCGUAUGAGCAGCACCAUCACAAGCAGGAGUAGCAUCGAAGUAUCAUCCGUCACCAGCACCGAUGCCGGGACGCGGUCCGCCACACACUCUGAGACCAACAUCACCUCGAGUACCUCGAGCGAGCCCAGUAACAGCCCGCCCCAGACCACCGACGCUGCCCUCUUCCUUGUCGGUCCGGACUGGACAUCGGCUUACACAUACUUUGAGGCGGCAAUGCUGCCAACCUUCACGUCGACCGAGGUCGAGAUGCCCACUCCGACCGUGGGGUCGUUCUGCAUGCUUGGCCCGCUGGAACUCCAGGGGCAGCGUUUGCAGCCGGCCCUCUUCAAGUUCGAGCAGCCAAAGGGGGCUCCCGAGGGCCUCUAUGACCUGGUCAUUGAAGAUGAUACUGGACGACAUUACGUUUCCUGGGGCGUUGAUGGGGCAGUGUCCUUCAUGGACCAGUCCUCUCUGUCAACAACGACAAUCUUUUCUGUUAACUGCCGCGGCUACCUGACAAUCCGCAGCGCGGGGGCUUCGUACACAUGGCGCGUUACCCACACCGGUUUCACAGCAGUCACGCCGGGCGAGACCGAGGAUGGCAUCGCAGUUCUCCGCCCCAGUCUGUCCAAGCCAAUCGAGGCGACAGGAUCCGGUGAGCCAGAACUGGCACGCAUGCGGCGGCUGAUCCGCCCCGUCUUUGCUCAGCCCCGUCCCGGGCGACAGCCAGAGAACCCCAACGGAUGCGGCUCUAAUAACGGCAUGGGCGGUUUCAUGCCCGACUUUAACUGGGGCCACUGUUGCGACCUCCACGACAACUGCUACCACGAUUGUAGCGAGAGCUUUCAGAUAUGCAACAACGACUUUCUCGGCUGCAUGUACAAUCAAUGUCGAGCUGAUGUCACUUGGUGGAACUGGUGGUCAACUGUUCCCAGGCUGCAUCGCUACUGCUAA